UAGAGUUUCAGUCCGUAAGCGAAACCGCUCUGCCCUCCCUCAGCGGGGGUUUUCGUUUUAAAUUGGCUGGGGGCGAGAGGAGCUGCUCUGCUCCCUGGUGUGGCGUUUGGGGCAGGCGACUGGUGAUCUCGUCUCCCACAGCACCCCUUGAGAGAGAGUGGCAUAGCAUGGCGGCCCCGGGCACCAGCGGUCUGGAGGUGCUCCUGUCCACACUGCAGGACUCUGUGGAUUCUGGAAACACCCUGAAUAUCCUCAAUGUGCUGGACGAGCUACUGUCAGCUGGCACCGACAGACGGAUCCACUACAUGAUCUCCAAGGGGGGCACCGAGGCCCUCCUCAGGGUGCUGGGGAAGGCGGCCAGGACCUCCUCUCCCAAUUACGCCGUCCUGCUCCCCCUGCUGCAUCUCCUGGCCAAGGUCGGCCACCGAGACAGGAAGAUUGGUCAGAAGGCUGAGAAGGCAGAGGCCGUCUUGCUGACAUUGGACCUGCUGAGACAGAACCUGAGCCGUGGGAGGAGGGCAGCGGCCUGCCUCUGGGUUCUGCGGGUCUUCUGCUCCUCGGUUUCCACUGCUACCUUGAUUGGCAAAAACAGAGGCCUGGAUGUAGUGUUUCAACUGGUAUCCCCUCACACGACGAAGCACAUACGCAUCGUGAAGGCAGCUAUUGAUACUGUGGCAGCAAUAUUGCAUUCAAAAGCCAACAGCAGGUGGGCAGUCUCCAAGGGCUACGUCUCCUGCCUGCUGAAACUGUAUGAGGACUGGCACCGUAAGGACACCGAGAAUGCCAGCAUUCCCGUCCGCAGGGCGCUGCUCCACUGCCUGCACCAUGUCACCAACACGGGUGCGGGAAGGGACGCCCUGGUGGCCGAGGGUGGCAUGGGCCUGCUCUUCCACACCACACAGGCUUGCUUGGGCUCCAAGUCCCUGGAAUCCCUUGUGGAGUCUGCUGUCCAGCUGAUGAGGAAGUGCUACCCGAAGUGUCCUAUUCCGCUGACCUCAGAUCAGAGUGUUUAUAGCUUUCCCCUGCCUGGGAGGCCUACCCCAGGUUCGGGUACUGACCCAGGGCCCCAGGAUGACAGCUGUGGAGACGAAAGCAAUGAUGACACAAAAAACAACGAUGCCGACCACAGGGAAUACGAUGAUGACCUGGAGACAGACCUGGAGAAACUGCGCAGCAGGCCGGAACCGGACAGGCCGCUGGAGCAGCUGGGCCAGUACGUCCGACUGUGUCCUGAGCUGCACCACGAUUUCCCAGAUCUGGACUCAGGUUCAGAGGUGGAGGACAGUUCGGAUGAGGAGGUACUGCUCAAUGGGGAUUCCAAUGCGGAUGGGAGGAAACGCAGUGGGCGGAUAUCCGAGGGCCACUGGAAGGCACGUGGGAGCUCUUCGCAAAGCAGUCCUCCCGACAAGCAGGCCUCCCGCGGAGAAGCGAAGAAGGCCCCUGUUCAUGGGAGGGGGGCCCCUGCAGGGAACCACCUGAAGGCCGGGGACUUCCACAGCCACUGCCUUGGCACUGCCACGGGCAAGCAGGACAGCCUCAGCAUGGUGGACAGAUUGCUGGAGAAGCACGGGGCCUGCAUCCCCAACCACGACCCGCGCGAGUACACGGCCGCUGCCUCCCGCACAAAGUCCAUCGCGGGCUACUCCAUCCUGGCCUUCCCAGACUUCUGGGGCCACCUGCCACCAUGCAACCAGGAGCGGAUGGCUCCCCGGAAGCCAAAUGUACAGAGGCAGAAAGUGUUUGAAGACAUUCAGCGCCUUCUCUGCCCUGAGGACAUUAUUGAUCAAGUUGUGUUUGACUUGGAAGAUCCCAGCCCUCCGGGUCACCUGGAACACCCAGACUCCCUGCGCUUCUACUCCAAGUUUGAGAGCGGGAACCUGCGCAAAGCUGUCCGUGUACGCAGCCAUGAAUACGAUCUGAUUCUGAACCCCGACGUGAACUGCUCCCAGCACCUCCAGUGGUUCUACUUCGAGGUCAGCGGCAUGCAGGCCAACGUCCCCUACCGCUUCAACAUCAUUAACUGCGAGAAGGCCAACAGCCAGUUCAACUACGGGAUGCAGCCAGUCCUCUACUCCGUACGUGAAGCCCUGCAGGGACGAGCACACUGGGUACGAGUGGGAAGCGAGAUCUGCUACUACAGGAACCACUUCUGUCCAAGCGGUUGCCAGAAGGGGCCGUCAUACUACACGUUGACCUUUACUGUGACUUUUCGACACAGUGACGACGUCUGCUACCUGGCUUACCAUUACCCCUACACCUACUCCGCCCUCCAGACACACCUGCGGGUUCUGGAGCGGUCGGUCGACCCCCGCAAAAUCUUCUUCCGGCAGCAGAGCCUGUGCAGCACCCUGGGGGGGAACCCCUGUCCCCUGGUGACCAUCACCGCCUGCCCCCCGUCCCGCAGCUGGAGUCACCUUUACCAGCUCCGCAACCGGCCGUACGUGGUGCUGACGGCGCGGGUGCACCCGGGAGAGAGCAAUGCCAGCUGGGUAAUUAAGGGCACCCUGGAGUUCCUGUGCAGCAGUGACCCUGUGGCGGAGGGCUUGCGCGAAGCCUACAUCUUCAAGAUCGUCCCCAUGCUCAACCCGGAUGGGGUCAUCAAUGGCACGCACCGCUGCUCGCUGAAUGGGGAAGACCUCAACAGGCAGUGGAUGAAGCCCGACGAAGGCCUUAGCCCCACUAUUUACCACACGAAGGGCUUCCUGUACUACCUCAGCAGCAUCGGGCGCACCCCUCUGGUGUUCUGCGAUUACCACGGCCACUCCAGGAAAAAGAAUGUUUUCCUAUACGGAUGCAGUGUGAAGGAGACUCUCUGGCAGUCUGGGUCUUCAGUCAACACGGCAACGCUGAAGGAAGACCCUGGAUACAGGACAAUCCCGAAAACCCUGGACCGGAUUGCCCCAGCGUUCUCCUUCAACAGCUGCAGCUACCUGGUGGAGAAGUCGAGGGAAGCGACGGCACGAGUGGUGGUUUGGCGGGAGCUGGGGGUGCUGAGGAGCUACACCAUGGAAAGCACCUACAAUGGCUGUGACCAGGGCAUCUACAAGGGCCUGCAGACCGGUACGCGGGAGCUGGAGGAGAUGGGCCUGAAGUUCUGCCAGAGCCUGCUGUCCCUCAGGAGGAACACACUCCUCUACAGCAGGAAGUUCUUCAACCACGCCUCCGCCCUCCUCGACCUGGACGACAGCCUCCUGGACCACAAGUCGCACAACUCCUUUGAGGACGACGAACCGCCCUGUGUGGAGGAGAUCGAGUACUUGAGUGACAGCUGUCAGGAGCAUGGCAGUGGUGAGGAGCUGGACGCGGAGGUCAAUGACAACGUGUCGAGCUCUGAGGAGGAGGAGGAGGGGGGAGAGGAAGAGAGGAGGGAGGAGCCCAGGAACGGCCUCCCACAGCCUGACAGGAAGCCCUGCCUCAUUCCUUGCCUCACACGGGAAGCCCCUCCAGAGGCACUGAAUGCCAAAAGGGACAUACACAACAGCAUUGGCAUUGCCAAUGGGGCAAUCUUAAGUUAAGGGUUAUUUCAGAACUUUCAAAUUUAGAGAUGGUGUCAGGAGAGGCAGACACCAUUUGUUAUUGUACCUUCUUCCAAAAGGCCUUGUUUUUGGAGAAACUGGAAUUGGUCAUCAGAGGCAGUCUACCGCCAAACCCCACCAAAAUUUGGAAGAGGUUUUUGGCAAAGCUGCCAGGCUACAAAUCAUGAUAGAUAUGCAUGGCUCACAGGCAACACAUGUGCAAAAAAUGCUAUUCAGCAGUGAUUAACUAGGCCUAUUCAUACUUUUUUACCUGUGUGUAUAUUUAUUUUUCAUGUUCACAUUCAGGUGUUUCCCAGCUGUCAACAGUUACAAUUUUAAUAAUGUGGCAGUGGCCAGAAAAUUGCCCAGACAGAUUUGCCAUGGUUUACCACUGCAGUGUACAUCAUGGUGAAUGCAUAAAAGCAAUAAGGAGAAUCUUUACAUAAGUAAUGCCCUGUAACGCAUUGCUUUGAAUUCCAAAGCAAAUUGUUGAUGCAGCGCUAAAUAUAUUCAUUAUAUAACAUGAACAUCACAAAUCAGUGUACUUGGGCACAUCGUAUGUGUAAAUGAAUGCAUAUGCAUAGGCUGGUGCUGCCUUUUAGUUAUACAUUUAAAUUAGUACUGAUAAUAGGAGCAAAUAGUCAUAAUAAACAUGGAUUAUUACCAGGGGCGGAGCCGAUGGCUCAUUGCAGAGGGGGCGAGGACCUGUAGUGGGCCCUUACAG